UUCUAAAUUGUGCAUAGACUGCCUCUGACCCCCGGGCUUUCGUCUUCGUCUGCAAUGCACCACAAAUCCCCCUGCCCGGUAGACAUAUCGACAUGGCAGAUCUGAACGGUCUUCAUUCACAUGCGAGUGUCCUAUUCACGCGCGAUGGAGGUUUGCACCCCCCUCCCGAGGUCCUCAAGAGCUGGCCGAAUCCGAACCACAUUAAUCCGGAAGAAAGAGGUUGGGCAGCGCCAAUUGUUUUACUGGUUGUCUUGGGAAUAACGUUCCUGGUAUACAUGGCCCGAAUAUGGGCGAGACUUGUGGUCGCAAAGAAUGCCGGCUUGGAUGAUUUACUCAUAAGCAUUGCAAUGCUACCGUUGUUGGGCCUGGCAAUAUCCGUUGUUCUUGCAAUCCGCGUAUAUGGCUUCCAAUGGCAUGUCUGGGACCAGAACGCUCAUUCUGUGGUUUCGAGUCGAGAGAUUGCCAUGUCCAUCGAACUAAACUACAUGAUAUCGACGACUUUGAUCAAAAUCUCGAUUCUUUGCUUUUACCGCCGAAUCACUGGAGGCCUUACGAAUACCUUCGUCUAUUGGGUAUGGGGAUCAAUCAUCUUCUGCGUCAUCUAUGGUAUCAUGUUCACAUUUCUUAUUGCAUUCAUUUGCUCUCCGAUAACUGGAUUCUUUCACCUUUACGACGUCCCGUGGCGGCUCACGCAUGAGUUGACUUGCUACAACGAAGGAGCAGUCAUUGUAGCUUGCGCCGCCAUCAGUACAGUACAGGACCUCGUCAUCUGCAUGUUACCCAUUUUCCUCAUCUGGAAUCUACGUAUACAAAGGCGUCAAAAAGUGGCAUUGUGUGGCAUCUUUGGCAUGGGAUUAACAACCUGUGUUUGCGGCAUCAUGCGCACUUACUACGCGACAUACAUAUACUAUUACACUUAUGACAUUACCUGGCAUGCGUAUCACGGCUGGAUUUGGACAGUGCUCGAGGCUGAGCUAGGCGUUAUAUGUGCGUCUGCGCCAGCUUUGAAGGUGUUCUUCCGCCGUUAUUUCAGCAAGAACUCGACGCGUAUUGGCUAUUCUGGGAACGACGACCCCAGAACACUUGCCCAUAUAUCACGAAUGCACGGCUAUGGCAGAGUAACACCUAUGCAUUCUACACAUUCAACAACCACGUCUCGGAUUGUCGCUAGCGGGUCGCAUGACGAGGAUGUACCUCUCGACGGAAUAAAGAUUAGCCAAGGGCUUGAUGUUCACGUUGAAUUAAGAGACGAUCAGAGCCAGACAAGCUACGCCAGUACGAAAAACCUCACAGCCCCACCAAUAUCGAAUCAGCCAGGGCGAAAGGGGAGGAAUGACUGGCUUGAGGGCUGCCGGACAGUUUGCAUUGCACUCAAGCCAGGAAGCAGAAGCGAUUCGAGAAGUCGGAGCCAUGAUAGAAACAUCAAGAGUGGCCUUUCGGAAGUUUGAUCGUCAUUCAUCAUCCUACGACCUUAGCUCGAAGGAUCUCGCGGUUAGAGCGAUUUCUGCACAGGAGCUAUGGCUAUCGUCGGUACCCCGGUACUCAUUACAACCAUCGGCCACGCACGGCUCGUAUCGUAUCUACCGUCGACUAUGGAUUGGCGUUCACUCGUCUCAUGAUGUUUUAUGGCUCAGCAGACGUACAAUCGUCACGAAUUCUCAAUGACAGGCGUUUUUAGAGGCACACCACACAUGCAUGAUAAAUCACACGUCAGGAUUUUCAAUGUAUGUGUAGGAAAAGGACAAAGGAUAUACCCGUUUUUUUAUGGCGUUUGGGAACGUAUCAUUUUGGAAGAUACCACUAGGAGAAGUUGAUGACGGCGUUGGAAUUCGAUAAAAUAUUGAACCACUGAAUAUAUAAAGACACUUACGACCC